AAAUAUUUGUUAGUGCCUAUCCUUCCCGACUAAGUGAGCACGCUUGUUGCAGCUACCUAUCACCGAUCGAUCGAUCGAAAAGUUAUGUGCAUCGAUGCUCCAUGGAGUAAGUAACUUCGAAGGCCAAGUGUCGGCUUGGCUCUUUCCAAGUUCCAGCACACCGUUGUACAGAUUUACCCCAACCACUGACGCACUAAAGGAUGCUCUCCGGUUCCACCAUAUUCAAUAGUUUACUGCUAUUACUAACAUUCUCAAACUAGUCUGACUCUAGACCCAUUAUUGAUCAGGAAAGUAAGACCAAGAUGCAGGCGCGCGAGGGGAGGGGAAAAAAAAAAGGGAUGAUGACGAUGGUGCCACCCACGAACGGCUACGCCCGAGAUCUCGAGCAAGGGAAAGCGGGGAGCGUCGUACCGUACCAUGGAACAAGCAACGCAGGCACGGGAGAUGGAGGGUCAGGGGUAGCAGACGUUAAUUCUAUGCGGCAGGAAAAUCUGGCCACGGCUGCAGCUAAGUUUUGGGCGGUUGUGCUGCCCUGCAAUGUGAAUGGACAGAUCUCCGCCAGUUGCGAUCCAACGGUGCAUUUUCUUUUGGGCUAGCUGCAGCCAGAGAUGGACAGGUAUAUAUUAUAAGUGAGUGUGUGAAUGGAUUUUGCUGAUAUGCGACUCCCUAUCCACACUGUGAUUGCUUUCAGAUCUCUACCAAAUAAAGCAGUAGUAUACAUGUGGUUGACCCU